AUUUUUUCGUAACCUAGAUCGUGAAAAAUACGUCUAAGCCGAGUGUGUAUCUUUAUCUAGUUUAAAAGGAGUAGAAAAAUAAAUCCUAGUUGAUAAUUAUUGUGUUGAUAUUAAUUUAAGUUGAUAAAUAAUUAAAUAUAUAUUAUUAAUAAAAUGGAUACUGAAAAUGAGCAAGAAACUGUUAAUGAAGUGGAUUAUUACACUUUUUUAAAUGUAUCCAGAAAUGCAACUCCUGAAGAAAUUCAGCAAGCGUACAGAAGACAAAGUAGACUUUACCAUCCAGAUAAACAUGUGGAUCCGAUUUUGAAAAAAAAAGCCGAAGUUUUAUUUAGUCGCACUAAUAAAGCAUAUGAAGUUUUAAGUGAUCCACACCAAAGAGCAAUCUACGACUCUCUAGGGGUCCGCGGAUUAGAAACCCAAGGAUGGGAAAUAGUUCAACGCACAAAAACACCCCAAGAAAUUCGAGAAGAGUAUGAGCGCAUCGCUAAAGAACGGGAAGAAAGACGACUAGAGCAGCGGACAAACCCUAAGGGUAACGUUACUGUCUUUAUAAACGCCACAGAUAUUUUUAAUAAGUACGACGAAGACUAUGAAAUCAAUGAUGGAAUAUUGGGAGGCAUCGAAGUCAGCGGUAUGUCAUUCCAACAGUCGAUUGAAGCCCCCCUGACACUAAAAGACACUUUGACUCUCUACGGACAAGUGGAUGCUGAAAACGGUACCGGGGUAGGAUCGAUAAAUGUCGCUGCCAGAAGAACUCUGUCAUCUAAAAGCUGGAUGGAGUUUGACGUUGGAGCUGGAAAUGGUCCUGUUGCGACUGUCAAAUUUUAUCGUUCACUUACACGUCGAUUAUUUUGUACCGGCGCGACUAUCUUGCAAUUCAAACAAGAUGAAAUAAGAUCUGGAUUAGUUGGAUCUCUAGGACUGCAGUUGGAUAAACAAAGCGUAGGAUACUUAACAUUUAAAUGCGGAAUUCAAAAUUCAAUGUCUACAAUGUUUGUUCGUGACACACCAGAGUCUUACACCGCUUUUACUUUACAAUUUGGAUAUUUAAAUACGUUUGCCAGCAUUAGUUAUACUUAUAAAAUGGAAGAGAAAAAAAUGAAGCUACGAGGAACGUUAAAAGCUGGUACUCUCGGAGCUUACGUCGAAUACGGUGCUGAGAAAAAAGUAUCAAAACACAGCGCACUGUCGGCGUCAGUCCGAGUCGGAGUGCCCAGUGGAGUAACGUUGAGAAUAAAAUUAAUCCGCGCCACGCAAACUUACGUAUUCCCGAUUCACCUUUGCGAGGAAGUGUUGCCCUCGCCGAUAUUUUACGCCACUGUGGCGCCGCUUAUCACGUGGACUAUUGUGAAGAAAAUAAUCGUCGAGCCGAUGAUGAAAGAGCAGAAAGACCGCGAGAAAGAAAAACAGAAGGAGUUGAACCGCGUUUGGACGCUGCAGAAGCAGAGAGAAGCCAAAGCCGCGGUGGAACUCAUGAUGGCCACCUUUAGCAGGAUCAGGGCCGACGAAGAGGCUAAACACGGGCUAGUCAUCACCAAGGCGCUUUACGGAAGGUUCGUUUUUUCCAACAGGCGCAAUAUUCCUCACGAAAUUCUUGAUGAGGCCAGGGAUGAUGUUAUUGAUGUCACUAUUCCUUUGCAAUGUCUGGUUGUUAACUCGCGCCUAGUUCUUCAUGAAGCUUCCAAGAGUGAAUUACCUGGAUUUUACGACCCAUGUUUUGGAGAAGACAAACAAUUACUAUUACAAUAUUUAUUUCACAAGCAAACUCAUGAGUGUCUUGUUAAAGAUAACGAGCCUCUAAGAAUACCUCUACAAUCUCACCGAGUAAAUACUACUUGACGAAAAAAACGAAUGUCAAGAGUAAAGCCAAGAGGAUAAUCUUGCAUGCUCAAUUUGUUUCCAGUACUCUCCUGAUUUUCAUUUUAUAUAAUAUAUGAUACAUAAUAUUGUUUGUGUUCACUCAAAUUUAUUAUAAAAUUAAUUGACAAUUUUACCAUUUUUUAUUUCAAUCAAUCUGAUCAAUUACUGGAUUAAUUUUUCAUUGUAUUGAUUCAUUUUUUAUCUCAUGUCACUUGUAUUGUUUAGUUGGAAGCGAGAUUGUAUUUUUCGAAUGAAAAUAUCUAAUAGUAUAUGGUAUUAGAUUGUAUAGAACUUAAUAAACACUUUAGUGAUUAAUUUUUAA